AUGUUCUUCAUUGGAUACGCCACGAGCUGGUGUGGUCAUUCAACGCAAGAUGCACUUAUACACCAGGUUCUUACCGAUGAACAUUCUCCAGAACGAUACCGGUAA